UUUGGGAACGUCUGGUGCGUCACACUGUGUCCCGAUCAGACGUCAGGCCCAUCUCCCACCACCAUGACCCCCACCCUCUCUGUGCUGCUGUGCCUUGGGCUGUGUCUGGGGCCCAGGAUAAGGACACAGGCAGACACGCCCCCCAGACCCUCCCUCAGGGCAGAGAAGGGCUCUUUGGUGCCCAUGGGGAGAAGUGUGACCCUCAGGUGCAGCGGGGAACAGGGGGCUGAUUAUUACCUUCUGGAGAAAAAGGAAGGAUCUGCAAGGAACAUGAUCAUGGAGGUGAAAUCAGAUGAAAUUGAGGUCGAGUUUCCCAUCCGAUUUAUGACACCUUUCACGGCAGGGACCUACUACUGCUUAUACAAACGCUCAUCCCUCUGGUCACAGCGCAGUGACCCCCUGCAGCUGAUGGUGACAGGCCUGCAUGACCCCCCCUCCCUCUCAGCCUUGCCCAGCCCCGAGGUGGCCUCAGGACACAAUGUGACCCUCCAGUGUCAGUCACAACCAUGGUAUGACAUGUAUGCCCUGUACAAGGAUGGAGCAGAGAUCACCCAAGGCCAGGUCCAAGCCCUCAACAGUGGCUGCCAGGCCACCUACCACAUCUCUGCUGUGACCUCUGCCCAUGGAGGGACUUACCGAUGCUACACCUUUCACAGUCACUCCCCCCAGGAGUGGUCAGUGCCCAGUGAGCCCCUGGUGCUCAGGGUCACAGAUGCUGCUCCCCAGGAUUACACUGUGGGCAACCUGGUUCGCCUCAGCCUGGCUGGGCUGGUCCUCAUCAUCCUGGGGGUCCUGCUGGCUGAAGCCUGGCCUAGCCAGAGGGGACCAGUGAGGAGGAGAUGCAGGAUCCCAGGGCAGAGGGAAGACACAGCUGGGCUUCAUUGACUGUUGACAUAUGGGGGCUCAUCCAGGAUUUGAAGAUUCUGUGUCCAGCCAGCCACCGUUUCUGACUUCCAGAUGCUUCGUGCCAGAAGGAAUCUUUGUGUUCCAGUUUAGACUCAAAAUUCAGAGGCCUGGCCUGGCUAAGGGUCCCACAAAUUGAGAACUUGUGUCCUUUACACUUGAGUUCCUAAAAGCUCUUUGAUUGGGGGUCUGGUUAUGACCAUGGAUGACUUGGUAACUUGGGUUUGUUCUGACAGGUCCCCCAAAAGGGGAUGGCUGCAGUUUGUUUUUAUGGACCAUAUGUGGCCACUCCCACAGUCCCAAAAGGAUGUCUGCCAGGUUCUGUUUUCAAAUCACAUACUAAAUGAUUGCAAGUACUUGGACAACUAGCCGAAUUUAAGUCUUACCCACAACACUGAUGGUCAUUGGGGUCUCCUUUUUUGUUUCCUUUUGAUUCUGCCAGCCCCCAAAUUAAAGUCCCUGAUUGGGACUGGCAUUUUGUAAUCAACUAAGUGAGAAUCUGAAUCAGAACCUUCCUCUCUGCCAGAACACAUUUUUUUAAAAAGGAGGAAAAUAGGAUCUUUGAUAGCAUUUUUGUUUCUCAGGUAAAGGGUUUCUAAAAUUUAAGAAAAAAAAUCAGAAAGGAAAAAAGAGACCAGUUGUUCUGGCUCAGAUUAAUGAGUCUUCAAGGAUACAGAGAGGACUUAAUUGGUGCAUGCUAAAUGAUCUUAAGAAUCUUUACUAAUAUCACCUCACACCUAUCAGAUUGGCUAAUAUGACAAAAAAGAAAAAUAAUAAAUG